AUGGAGGCGAAAGUGUUGGCGGAGACCUCGGACCCGGAGGACAGCGUGCCCAUCUUCAGCGCCCCUUUAGGAGACUAUACAGACGAGUCAACCAGAUUACUCCUAACAAACCUUGAUGAAAGCAAUUUUCUAAAAAACCUGGAGGGAAACAACAUGAAUGAGCAGCGAACAUCUUCUCCUUUGAGCUUCAUAUCACUCAUGCUCAAUUCCAGCCAGGCCUACACAGAAGGCCAUGAGAUGGACAGCGGCCAGACUGAGGUUUCUCCUGGACUCAAAAACCAACAGAGGCUGUUAGGUGAAAUCGCCUUCCAGCUCGAUAAAAGGAUUCUGUUGCAUGUUUUCCAAGGCCAAAGGAGAUUCUAUGGAUUCACGGUGCUCAAUAUACACCAGAAGAUCAUUGAUGUGAGCACACUCCCGUUCACGGGGAAGGUGGAUGAAGGAUAUCAGCACUUUCUCUCUCGGAGGUACGCUGAAGUCAUGGCGACACUGCAGCAGCUUGGCUUCAAAGCAGAACUUCAUCCUCUGUUCACUGAAUUUAUCGUCAACACUUAUGGGAUCCUGAAGCACAAGAACAGCACCCUGGAAGCUGACUUUAACAACCCGGACUUCCUGAGGGAGGUGGUCGUAAGCGUAACGCCAGCACCACUGCAGAAAGACAUGCUCAUCGUGCUCACCUGCCUGUGCAAAAUGGCAGAGAAAGACAAAAACCCUCUCUUGCUCUGGUAG